AAACUCGUUAGCCGCUAAGUACCGUAGCUAGCGAGUUAGCUAGCCGCUUUGCCCAAGUGAAGUGAACAAGUCGCGGUGUGUGAAGAUAACGAGACCGUGGUUACUUUUGGAGGGCUAUCGGGUUGGAUAUAUUCCGUUGAGGGAUCGGUUGCCACCAGAGGAGGUGGUAUAAACAUUAGUGCAAGCUGUAUUGCUGUGCUUCUCCCCUGCCCUCAUUUCAUUGUCGGUGAAGCGUCCUGACUGCACACCGCUGAGCCCGUGCUUGCUAGCAUCAGCCAGCUAGCGCGAUGUGUCACAUUAGCUAACGAGCCUAUCACACUUUUUGUUUUUGACCAUUUUUGUGAGUGGAGGCUGUCAGUGUUCGAGCACUAGGACACCGACAGGGUGUAUCAUUCCACCGUGAUGCUUGAAUAUUAACUGUACUUUAAUGUCGUAUCACCCGAUAGCAAGUAGUCCCUCCAGGAGAACCGGACACGGAGCAUGCAGGAGAAGAAAACAUUUCAGAUAAGUAGAUAGGAGACGUCGGACACAACUGAGUUCAAUUGGACUGUGGGUAAUUUACCACCAAACAGGGACUGUAUUUGGUGGGCGGACUGACAGAGACAGUAAAAGAUGAAGAAGUUUUCCAGAAUGCCAAAGUCCGAGAGCGGCGGACUCGGAGGAGCGUCCGGCUCCGGCUCCAGCUCCGGAGUCAGCAGCUACUUUGGGAAAGUGUUUGCAGUCGGCCGAUAUCAAGUCACCGUGGAAGAGCUUAUUGCAGAAGGAGGCUUCUCAGUGGUGUUUCUGGCUCGUACACACAGCGGCGUCCGCUGCGCUCUCAAAAGGAUGUAUGUCAACAACGUCCCCGACCUGAAUGUCUACAAGAGAGAGAUCACUAUUAUGAAGGAGUUGUCAGGCCAUAAGAACAUUGUCGGCUACCUAGACUCCACAAUCAAUCCUGUGUCAGACAGUGUCUGGGAGGUCCUGAUUCUCAUGGAAUACUGUAAAGCGGGCCAGGUGGUGAAGCAGAUGAACCAGCGGUUGAAUGUGGGCUUCAGCGAGGCCGAGGUCCUCCACAUCUUCUGUGACACCUGCGAGGCUGUGGCCCGACUGCACCAAUGCAAGACGCCCAUCAUCCACAGAGACCUAAAGGUAAGUGGGAUCUUCCUCUCUUUCUUCUCCCCAGACUCCCCCUGCUUUUUCUGUUCUACCCAUAUGACUUUAGAUACAGCUAUAAAAGAUGGAGUGACCGCUGUGGAGGAUGAGAUCAAGAAGUACACGACCCUUUCAUAUCGGGCGCCAGAGAUGAUUAACUUGUAUGCAGGGAAAGCCAUCACCACUAAGGCUGAUAUAUGGGCACUUGGAUGCUUGUUGUACAAGCUGUGUUUCUUCACCCUUCCAUUUGGGGAGAGUCAAGUCGCCAUAUGUGACGGAACCUUUAUUGUUCCAGAUAACUCCAAAUUCUCCUUCAGAUUGCACUGCUUAAUCAGAUAUAUGCUCGAACCAGACCAGGAGAAGAGACCAGACAUUUACCAAGUGUCCUACUUUGCCUUCAAGUUAGCUGGAAAAGACUGCCCAGUGCCAAAUCUCUUUAACUCUCCCAUCCCUACGUCGCUGCCAGAGCCUCUAACAGCCAGCGAGGUUGCUGCCAAGAAGAGUAUGACAAAAGCCAGGAUUACAGACUCUGUAGGCCCGACGGAAACAUCGAUAGCUCCCAGACAGAGGCCAAAAGCGGCAAACAGUAAUGUCCUGCCCCUCACCAACACCGUCACCCCUGUUAAGAUGACAGUGCCUUCAGCACCCGUCAGCAAUGGCCAGAAAGCUCCCUCCCCUGGAUCGACACAGCCGUCCAUGCAGCCCCAGCCCAGCGCUCAGCAGCACCGAGUCCUGCAGCAGCUACAGCCUGGUGACCUGCGUCUGCAGCAGCUGCAGCACCACCAACAUCACCAUCAACAACAAGCAGUGCAGCAACAGCAUGCAAAUGCGCAGCAACUUCAGUACCUCCAGUACCAACAGGCUGUGCAGCAGUCCCUCCAGCUCCAGCAGCAACAACAGAUGAUGAUGCAGCCAAUGUACCAGCAGCAGGUUGCUCAAGCCCAGGCUCAGUACGCAGCCAUGUUGCAACAGUACCAACAAGCUUUUGUCCAGCAGCAUCCCGCUCAGCAGCCUCUCCCCUACAUGUCCUCCCCUCUGGAGUUCCAGAUCCCUCUGGGCUCCUAUAAUGCUACUACUCCCACAGCUGGAGCUGGAGCUGGAACUGGCCAGGUGGGAGUACCAUCACCUGUGGAUCCAUCAUACACUAACCCCAGUAGAAACCCUCUGCUUGCCUCAGAUGGGACCAGCCUGCCUCCUCAGAGCUGCAGCAGUGCAGUUAGUAACCCCCCUGACAUGUCGGGCUGGAAUCCUUUUGGAGAGGACAACUUCUCCAAGCUGACUGAGGAGGAACUGAUCGACAGAGAGUUCGACAUGCUCAGAGCAAAGAAGCCAGUGGAGAGAACAGCCAGCGUGGAGACGGACCGGCCGCAGCCUGUUGCCUCCACCACCAAGCCCCUCCCACCAGAGGACCUGUUUGGGUCGAUCCCGUUUAUGGCCAGCGCAGGUACCAGUGUGAUAAAGACUGAGCAGACCAGUGAGGAAGUCGGUGUUCCUGGCACUGUCUCAACCACUGCAGAGGAUCUGCAGCCCCCGGUGGCAGCCAAGGAGAACAAACCAGGCCGAAAGAGUAACUGCAGACCAGGUGACGAGUCCGACAGUGACUUUGAGUCUGACCCUCCCUCACCAAAAAGCAGUGAGGAUGAAGAGCCAGAUGAAGAUGAGGCCCUCAACAGUGACCACGGCGAUGACACUGAGCCAGAGAAUUUAGGACAGAGGCCCCUUUUGAUGGGCUCCGAAGAAGAGGGCGAGGAGGACGAAGACAAGCACAGCUCUGACUCAGACUAUGCCCCCAGCAGGGUCAAGAGUCGCACUAAGAAAGCUCUGGCUGGUAAAGCAGCAGCAGCUGCUGCUGCUACCAGGGGGAGUCCUCGAGGAGAUUCUGGCAUGACCCUGCUCACCCCUCCCAAGUCACCCAGUGGAGCAAGAGCCGCCCCGGCUGUGAAGGCUGUGGAUGCUUUUGGUGCCGUUCCCUUCCUCGGAGGAGCCUCGUCUGUUGAACCUUCAGAGAGCACGGACAUCUUUGCCAAAGCACCUUUUAGGCAGGUCAGCCAUGAGCAGCAAACUGCAGAUGAGUUUGAUGUUUUUACCAAAGCACCAUUCAACCGGAACCUCUCCAAGUCAAGCAGAAGUGGUGAUGCUCCCACGGGCCUAAUGUCACCCACCUCCCCGGAGGGCAUUGAUAUUUUCGGCUUCUCUCCCUUCCAGCCAGGUUCUACCACACCACCUCCGACUACAUCUAGAAGUGCAGAAGAUAUCUUCCGGCCAUCUUGCGAUGAGUCGGCCAGUCCUCAGCAACAGAGGCUGAAACAGCGCAGCCUCCAGAAGCUGUCAUCACGUCAGAGAAAAACCAAGCAAGAGGUCACAGCAGGUGGCAGCAAUGGCAAACGGCACCACAGUACGCCAACCGGAGGCCGCAAGACAAACAAGCCAACCUACCGCACACCUGAGCGAGUUCGAAGACACAAAAAAGUUGGUCGGAGAGACUCGCAGAGCAGCAACGAGUUCCUUAGCACCUCUGACUCUAAAGAGAACAUCAGUGUUGAUAUAACCAUGACUGAAGGAAAAGACAAAGGAGGCUCUCUGCCGGUAGACGAGGCCCUUUUAGACCCAUUUGGAGCCAAACCUUUUCACCCUCAAGACGGCAGCCGGCACGGCCAGUAUCCAGGCCUCGGUGACAGUAACAGCGACUUGUGCACAGCCAAUGGCAAAUCUUGGACGGGUUCCCUUGGAGAAAACAAAAUCAUAGAUGAUUUCGGGGCCGUGCCCUUCACAGAACUGGUCAUCCACAGUGGACCUCAGCAGCAGCCGCCCUCGCAGCCGGUGGAGGUCGACCCAUUCGGAGCAGCACCUUUUCCCUCUAAGCAGUGACUUCCUGUGUGUCUUCCCACUAUGCCAGUUGCUGUUAGACCCCCUGACCUUCUUUUGGUCUGGGAUCAUUUUGAACCAAUCACAAGCUAAUAAAGUCCCGGCGCUUCUUUUUUAUGAACAUUUUAUUACAUCUCUGAAUAACAACAACCUCAGUCCUGUGGAGUGCGAGUGAUGUUUCCACAUAUCCUUCAGCUGUACCUGUUGCUGAGAAGCCUUUAAUGCUGCAUCCUAACACCUACAGAGACAUGUUUGAACCAGAAGAAACAGGAAAUCAUACUGUGAUUUUAAGCUUCAUGUUUGAGUGCUUGAUUUGCUGCAGAAAGCUUUCUGGCUUGCCUUCUGACCUACCAAUAUGUUUCUUCAGCACCACAAAGCCUUACCUGAGCUCGGCUCUGCCCUGCUGCACAGAACCUUGGAAACCAGGACACAGCUGGCCCACAGUGGCCUCUGGUGUCGAUGGACUUGUUUGGGAUUUGACCUUAACCACUUUGUUUUAUCCUUACUGGACUUUUCUCUAUGCAUAAUUUCACAGUAGGUUUUACGAAUGUGGCUGUGAGUUGUUGCAUUUCACUAGAAGGGAUCAAAUUUUAACACACGUCAAUAAAAAGUUGGAUCUGUUAAUCAAGGCGUUUAAAUUUAGGCUUGUAACUUUCAUUUUAGCAGUAAACUUGUACGUACUGUUAAUUUUUUAUGAAGUUACAGUUCAGCACAUUGUUAGGAAAAAAAGAAAAAACACGAAACCACAUUAGAUCACUCGUCUCGUCUAGGGAUGGUGUUUUGAGAACUGUCUAUAGAGACUCGCAAGCUGUUGUGCUACUUCCUCUGCAAUGUAAGCUCUCAGCAUUAGAUUUUGUUACAUUUUCAGAGUAAACUAUGCUAAAGAGAACUACGCUGUCAGUUGAAGGACAAGUCCUGUGGUAUACUAUGUUAACAAAUAUCCUGAAAAGACCAAAACCAAAGCAUUAGUUUAUCUCAAAUACUUUGACUUUCCUACCACGUUUCUCCCAUAAGACGUCAGUGUUUAGAGGAGUAGUUUGAAGCGUUGUGAAGCUCCAGCCAGGAGAGGCCAAGCUUGGCUGAAGGUGAAGUCGGCACCACUGAAGCUCAUUAAUUAGUUUAACAUUAGUGAGCCUUUGGUCUUUACACAAGAUUUGUUGACAACAACAAAGACAAUAUCACUAGACAUGUUCUUUGACUGAGGUACUUCUGCAGAUUCAUAAAGGGAAACAUCUGAGACAGACUGAGAAACCUGUGAUGUGAUAUUCAGGUCAUUUGUUUUUUUACUAAUGCACUUUUCAGCACUGACGUGUGCGCUAAAUCAGCGGCCUUAAGCACGCCAUUUACCUACACAAACUUUGGCACAUCUGUUGCUGUGUUUUGGCCAGUGGAACCAUUUGAUACGUUUCAUGCUUGUUUUUUUCACCGGGGUAAAUCUUGUAUUUAUCAUGCUACACUGCUGUUUGAUGCAAUAAAAAAAGAUUCAUCUCAGUGCAGCUGUAAAGGUAAAGUUAC